UUUACAAAUAUUGAGCUAAAUUUAGGUGUGAUAAUGAGAGGAGAGAAGGUUCAGGAUCAGGGAACGUACCGGUGCUACACCAGAACCAUCAGAGGGAGCAGGAGAAGCUUUAUGAAGCUAAAACUAGACGCUCCAGUCUCUGAGGUCCACAUGAGUCAGGAAGGAAACUGGAUCAGCUGCAGCUCAGACGGGAUCUACCCUGAACCUGGACUCACCUGGUCCACCAUCCCUCUAUCCAACAUGGAGCUCCAGACCAGAACCAGAGUCCAUCAGACUGAAGCUCAGCAGCUCUCUGAUGGUUUCAGAGGUUCUGAUCUGAUCCACAGCUGCACCGUCACAACUCAUCAAAACAAAAACAGCUUCAAAGAAAACAGCUGAGAAACAAAAACUUCUAGUUUAAACUGAAUUUUCUGGUUUUUACAUUAAACACUUUUUACUUUUAUCAAACUGCAUCAGCAGUGAAAUACACAGUUUAUCAUUUGACUAAAUAUUUUUUAGUUUUCAGCUCUAAAUACAUCAUUUUAAAUAAAUGCUAUAAAUUGUGUCUGAAUUGAGUUCAAUCCUCUGUAAUGACAACAAAUAAUCUGCUGUGAUCUGAAUGAAACAUGUCAGAAUCCUCCAACAAACAGUCUAAAUACAAAAGAAGAAAACAAGCAGCUGCUCUUUGUCCUUCUUGGGAUCUGUCCAUCUGUCUCGUCUGUCUUCUUCUCUUGUUUGUCCACCACCAUGAUGUCUGCUUGCUCAGUCAGCAGCUAGAAAACUGAUUUUCUGUUGGGCUUUAUGAAAUGAAAUGUUUCAAUCCUGCAGCUAAUAAAGUUAUUUGGACAGUUUUGUAGUUCCAGUGGAGCUUAAAGUUCUUGAACUCUUCAGAAUUUUCCAUCUUUCUGCAUCAAUGUGAGCUAAAACAUGAUGAGAGUUUCACACAUGUCCUGUAUGAAGCAAAGCUUCACUUUAGCCUCUCACACAGAUGGAAUAUUGGAUCAUUUCCCUCAAUAAAUAAAGAAGCAAAUGUCAUAUUUUACUGACAUUUGUUUCACUGUUUCUCUUUA